AUGGGCACUGGUGAAUCAGCCGCGCGCGCGGCCUACAGAAAUGCCAAUCAGCCGGUUCAAAACGAGGCCAGUCAGGCUGCUGCACAGGCUGCUGCAUCUAUGUUUAAGAAACGAGAAAGUUUGGGAGUGGAAUCAGCAAACACUUCUAAUACCUAUCUGGGCCUCCCUACACGAUCAAGCUCUAAGCCACGUGUAUCUGUUGCGAAAAAGUCUCCCUCUAGUCAUUCCAUAACGAAAAUGGUGCGAUCACAAUCGACACAGACAGUGAGUUCUGGAUCAUCAGGUCAGGCUGCGAAGUCUCACAGGAGAGCGGAUUCAGCAGUUCUGCCUUCAGACCACUCGGAAUAUGAUAACACCAAGAAAAAGGCCCCAACCACUUGGAACAAUGUCAACGCGACGUCUUCAUCUGCUGCGCUAGCUGCAGCGUCUUUGGUGGCGAAAACCAAGCCAGAAUCGAUGGUUUCCAUACCUGCGGAGCAGCCGCACGCUAGUCAAAGAGCCACUAUUGCUCGCUCGAAGUCGUCAAAACCGACAUUACGGGCGGCCCAGAAGCCCAUUUCAAUCCCGAAAAGAGAAAGCAAUGGCUUGAAAUCGCCUAGAGCGCCUUUGUUGCGGGUGAAUUCGACGACAUCCUCUCCGAGCUCUCCGGGAUUGACGCCUGGCAGCAGUCCGGAACAGAAGCCUCCCAGGUUCACCAACCAUUCUAAUUCCUCAGCAAUAUCAGAUGUUUCGUUGCUGGAUGAUUCCAGUGAUCCUUUAAGACCUCCAAAGUUCAAUUUUACCUAUGUUCCACGUGGAUCAUCACCUGAUUCUAAGUCAGAUGAAGACUCUACAUUAUUGAAACCGUUUGCGCAAUUGACAUAUGACAAUUCAAACGAGAAUCUUUGGACAAACUCUACACCUUCUCCAGGAGCAGAUGCGGGUGAAGAUUACUUCUCGGGUAUCCACCGUGCGGAACCUUCUUUUGGGGUAGAUACUUCUGGACUUAGUGGAGCCUCUUAUGAAAGUCUUGUUCCGCAGGACUAUUCUCCUGACAAUAGUGCAGAUUCUUUGACGAUACAGAAGGCACAAUUUCCUAAUCGGAUGCGGCACAGGAGAAGACCCACUGUUGUACUAGAUGAUGACGAAGAGGGUUCGCGUGUGAAUGUAGAUGCAGAUGCAGAUGCAGAUAUAGAUGCUCCCGUUGCAGAAGAGUAUGAUGUUGGUGAUGGUAAUGUCCAGGAAAUUCAUGAGUCUCAGGAUAUCCAGGCAAUGCCAAGGUACCCUUUGAAAGUCCAAAGAGGCUCAUUUGUUGCACACCAACCACUGAAAAGCAAAAGCAAGUUCAAGAGCAUCUUUGGAAAACGCAGUGAGUCUCGUCAUGUCGCUGGCUCGGUCGGGAGUAGUGUCAGUGAUCUGGGGGAUAGUUUGCAGGCACAAUCUCCCAAACCAGUACACUUCAAGACGACUCUACGAAAGGAAGACUCCAAGGCCAAGAAGAAGGAGUUCAAUGAAGCCAAGCCGUGGAAGCACCAUGCUGACUCGACAACAGUCACUCCUAUUGAACGAAAGCGCUACGAGGGAGUUUGGGCUGCAAACAGAGGCUCCUACACAGAGUUUCUGGAUGCAGAUCUUGACAAAAGUCAGCUGGUCAUGGGAAUAGUAGUGAAGGCAAUUUGGAAACGCUCAAGACUGCACGAAGAAUCGCUCUCGCAAAUCUGGAAUCUGGUGGAUCGUCAAAAGAUAGGUGCUCUGAACAAACAGGAGUUUGUAGUGGGCACAUGGCUUGUGGACCAGUGUCUCUACGGAAAGAAAUUGCCUAAGGUAGUGGGGGACAUUGUUUGGAUGAGUGUUGAAAAUAGUGCUGCUGUCAACGUUACUAUUCAUCCGAAAUUGAAAUCGCAUUUGAGUGUAAGGGACGGUGUUAAAAAGGUUGUUGGAGUUAGUCGGUGA